AUCAAAGUACUAACAAAAACUCCAACACUAAGAUUAUUAGUAGCAAUGGGGGCCUUAGUGGGACCCAUUUCACUACUACUACUUCAACUUCUGAACCUUACCUUCUUCUCUUUCUCAUUUCCUUUAUGAAAUGGUGUUGUUGUUGGUGUUUUGAGAAAGCUUUGUCUUUUGUCUAUUCAACUUCAAAAGCAAUAGCACCUUAGAUUUAAACAUCAGAUUCGUUUUCACUCUCUCCCCUUUUCUAAGAGGGAACAAAGUGUAGAAGUAACUAUUGAUGAUGGUGAAGAAUUUAAAAGUUUGAAACUUUGAUGUUUAAAAGUGGUUUUGGUGAUUGCAAAGAUAUAUGGAUCAUAAUAGGGGAGAUAGUUGGAGAGAAUUGGUGAAGAAUAUGAUUCCUUCUGGUGCUUCUGUUCCUGAUGAUGCUUCUAAUCUUGAUUACUCCAUUGCUUUGGAAUAUUUAGGUCCACCGGUUUCUUACGAAGUACCGAAAGUUGAGCCCCUAGACGUGGGGAGGAGGGCUAUGGUAAUUGAACCAAUCCCUCUGCCGAUGUCUCGUAUUGUCGGUGUAACCGGUUCUCCUAAUCAUAGUUCAAGGGUGUCCGGAAGUUCAGAGUCUGUGGUUUCUGUUUUGCAGAAUCCAGAUCUUUCUUCUGGUUCCCCUACUGCUUCACCUGCUUCAGUUCAUAAUCCUUCAAAUGUUGUUUCUAAGCCGGUGAUUAAUGAAGCGAAGAGGGUGCCUGUUGUCACUUUUAAUACGGUUGAAAGGUCUCCGAGGAAAGAGGUGGAAGUUGCGAAGAAGCCGGUGUAUCCGGAAUACGUUGGAGUCUUGAAAGGAAAGAAGAAAAAGAAGAUAAGAGCUUGUUAUAGGUGUGGAAAAGGGAAGUGGGAAACUAAAGAGUCUUGCAUUGUUUGUGAUGCUAAGUAUUGUAGCAACUGUGUUCUUAGGGCAAUGGGAUCGAUGCCUGAAGGGCGUAAAUGUGUGACAUGUAUUGGCCAGCCUAUUGAUGAAUCAAAGCGGCUGAAAUUAGGUAAAUAUUCGAGGGUGUUGUCCCGACUGUUAAGUCCUCUAGAAGUUAAGCAAAUUAUGAAAGCAGAGAAAGAAUGCUCGGCUAAUCAGCUUCAGCCGGAGCAGUUGACUGUCAAUGGAUUGCAGCUGAAGCCUGACGAGAUGGCAGAAUUACUUGGAUGUCCCUUACCUCCACGUAAGCUGAAGCCUGGUAGAUAUUGGUACGACAAAGAAUCUGGUCUAUGGGGAAAGGAAGGGGAAAAACCUGACAGAAUCAUUAGUUCAAACUUGAAUUUCUCUGGGAAACUUAGCAUUGAUGCUAGUAAUGGAAACACUGAGGUUUACUUCAACGGUCGAGAGAUUACAAAACUUGAAUUGAGGGUACUCAAGUUGGCAAACGUGCAGUGUCCACGUGAUACUCACUUUUGGGUUUAUGAUGACGGUCGUUACGAGGAGGAAGGUCAAAAGAAUAUAAGAGGAAACAUUUGGGAGAAGGCAUCAACAAGAUUUGUUUGUGCACUGUUCUCUCUACCAUUUCCCCAUGGACAGCCUCAUGGAUCAAGAGAUGAGACUAGUAAUUAUAACACACUUCCUAAAUAUCUGGAACAGAAAAGAACUCAGAAGCUUCUUCUUCUUGGACUUCAAGGAUCUGGAACUAGCACUAUGUUUAAGCAGGCCAAGUUUCUGUAUGGGAGCAAAUUUACUGCUGAAGAGCUGCAGGACGUUAAAUUGAUGAUACAGAGUAACUUGUACAAAUAUCUUAGCAUUUUGCUUGAUGGAAGAGAGCGCUUUGAAGAGGAGGUUGUUUCUAGAAUGAAUGGACACGGUUCUCCCAGUCAAAUUAUGGAACGGGGUAGCAAUACUAGUGAAUCCAUCUAUUCUCUCAACUCAAGGCUAAAACAUUUUUCCGACUGGCUCCUAGACAUUAUAGCGACUGGAGAUUUAGAUGCAUUCUUCCCUGCAGCCACGCGUGAAUAUGCACCACUAGUCGAAGAAGUUUGGAAAGAUCCAGCGAUACAAGAAACCUUCAAAAGAAAAGAUGAGCUUCACUUCCUUCCAGAUGUUGCGGAGUACUUCUUAAGCCGGGCUGUUGAGAUAUCUAGCAAUGAGUAUGAACCUUCUGAAAGGGACAUACUAUAUGCAGAAGGGGUUACUCAGGGAAAUGGUUUGGCUUUCAUGGAAUUCUCACUUGAUGAUCGGAACGCAAAAUCCGAAGCUUAUACAGAUAACUUCGAUGCUCAGUUGCAACCUCUGACCAAGUACCAACUCAUAAGGGUGAAUGCAAAGGGCAUGAAUGAGGGUUGCAAGUGGGUUGAAAUGUUUGAAGAUGUUAGAGCAGUGGUCUUUUGCGUUUCCCUAAGCGAUUACGAUCAGUUAUCUCUUGCUCCUGACAGCAGCGGCGGCAGUGGAACACUACUUCAAAACAAGAUGAUACAAAGCAAAGAACUUUUCGAGACAAUGGUGAGACACCCUUGUUUCAAAGACACACCUUUAGUACUUGUCCUUAACAAAUACGAUUUCUUCGAGGAAAAGAUGAGAAGGGUGUCCUUAAACGCUUGCGAAUGGUUCAACGAUUUCUGUCCCGUGAGCGCACAUGACAACAACCAGUCACUAGCCCAACAAGCUUACUUCUAUGUUGCAAUGAAAUUCAAGGACCUUUAUGCAUCCAUAACAGGAAAGAAACUGUUUGUGGCACAAGUUAGAGCAAGGGACAGAGUAACUGUUGAUGAAGCAUUCAAGUACAUAAAAGAGGUUCUCAAAUGGGAUGAAGAGAAAGAAGAAAAUUACUAUGGUCCACCUGAGGAUUCAAUUACAGACAUGAGUUCCUCUUUCUAUGUCAGGCAAGAGUAAAUAUAUAUAGAUAUGUCUUUUGGGAAAUUAUUGUCUUUUUGGCUAUUGAAAGAGGUUGUUGUUGGAAAAAGUGUAACAUGGUAGUGGCUAGUUUGUGUUUUUUCAUGUACUUGAAAGUGAAAAGUUGUUGAUGUUGGUUUUGGUAGAAUUGUUUUAGGCUGAAACCUUUGUCGUGUAUCUGCAUGUAUGCAUUCUCUUUGCAUGUGGAGGUGCUGUUCAUUGGUUUAGAUGCGUUUUUAGACUUGUUGGAAACAUGUACUCUGGUAAUAAAUAAUAAGGAAUGGAUGAAAGGAAAACCAGAAUAAAAAA